GUAACGAGACCAUGGUCAGUGUGUUUUGUGAUAUGGUGACCGAAGGCGGAGGGUGGACAGCAAUCCAGAAGCGGGUCAGUGGAGCGGUGAGAUUCAACAGAAACUGGGCAGAGUAUAAGACAGGGUUCGGGAGUCCUAACGACUCCUAUUGGAUUGGGAAUGACGUAAUUCAUCAACUUACCAGGGGGAGGAACUCCUCCCUCUACGUCUCCAUUACACUGACUAAUGGGACAAAGCUCUAUGAAUUAUACAACCAGUUCUCUGUUGCUGAUGAAACUAACAACUUCAGGCUUUUUCUGGGAGGACCAGCUUCCGGGACCCUGGGUGAGAGUAUGAUAGACUCCGGAAAUUCUGGGGAAGAUCAAUCAGGGAUGUCGUUCUCCACUCCGGACAGAGACCACGACAGAUCUAGUAAUAACUGUGCAGCUAAUCACAGAGGAGGCUGGUGGUUUAACAUGUGUCACCGGGCCUUCCUCAACGGUCAAUGGUCCUCGGCAAACUGGUUCUAUCCGUGGUAUACUACAUUGAAAUAUGGUAGAGAUAUAAAGGAAACUGUCAUGAUGAUAAAGGCUCACUGACUGUGUUAUAUCUUAUUUAUUUAAAAAAAAUGUAUAAUGCAAAGUGAAUAUUUAAUCCAAUUUAUUGAUGUGUAUUGUACAUGUGCAUUGAUUGAAAAAGGUAUAUUGAAGUUUAAACAUUGAUUAUCUUUUAUAGUUAUGUUUAAUACAUUUACAUACAAAGUACAUACAAAGUCAAAUUCUUCUAUAAUAAAUGAUGAUGACUUUAUUCUUCACAUAAUGGUGGUUUCUAUAUAAAUGUAACAAAGUAGCAAAUUUUAAUAUGAUAUAAUAUUGUUGUAUUUAAUGAAUUUACGAAUUUAUUGCCUUAACUAUUAUAUUCUGAAAAAGUGUUAUAACCUUACUUGCUAAAACAAGAUAAUCUCAUAAAGCUUUGUACAAAAUAAA